AACGGAGAUACGCAAUCUUCCCCGAAUCCCCCAACCUCGCCAUCUCGCCUCGCCUCGCCUCGCCUUUGCCUUGCCUUCUUCCCCUCAUCCCCGCGAUCUCCUCCCUACAAAUACACGCCCCACCCGACACCAUCGCCACCUCCUCCUCCCUCUCUUCCGUCCGUCGUCGUCGUCGUCCUCCGCCACCUCGCCGCACAUCCGCCGCCCGGCCGCCUCGUGGUCGGGGUUUCGAUUCGCGGAGGGAGUACGGAAUGGGGACGCACCUCAGCACGCCCAAGACGGAGAAGUACUGCGCCGAUGGCGAGAACGACCAGCUCCGCUACGGCCUCGCCGCCAUGCAGGGAUGGCGGACCACCAUGGAGGACGCCCAUGCUGCUUUCCCACGGCUUGAUGACUGUACAUCCUUUUUUGGCGUUUACGAUGGGCAUGGAGGGAAAGCGGUUGCCAAGUUCUGCGCCAAACAUCUACACAUGCAAGUUUUAAGAAAUGAAGAAUACUCAUCUGGUGACUUAGCUACUUCUGUUCAAAAAGCAUUUUUCAGAAUGGAUGAAAUGAUGAAAGGGCAAAGAGGGUGGAGAGAACUGGCUGAGCUGGGAGACAAGGGACAAAAGUUCGCUGGUAUGUUAGAGGGCAUAAUUUGGUCUCCCAAAGGUGGAGAUUCAGAUAAACUUGGGGAUGACUGGGCCGAGGAGGGUCCACAUUCAGAUUUUUCUGGGCCAACGUGUGGAAGCACAGCCUGUGUGGCUAUCAUAAGAAAUGAUCAACUUAUUGUUGCAAAUGCUGGGGAUUCUCGGUGUGUUAUCUCAAGGAAGGGUCAAGCUCACAAUUUGUCAAGAGAUCACAAGCCAGAACUGGAUACAGAAAAAGAAAGGAUUCUGAAUGCUGGUGGUUUCGUUGUUGCUGGGCGGGUCAAUGGAAGUUUGAACUUGGCAAGGGCAAUUGGGGAUAUGGAGUUGAAGGGAAAUGAGAAUUUGCCAGCUGAAAAACAGAUUGUGUCAGCUGAACCUGAAGUGAACACUGUUAAACUUUCUGAGGAUGAUGAAUUCAUCGUUUUGGCAUGUGAUGGCAUUUGGGACUGCAUGUCAAGUCAAGAAGUAGUGGAUUUUGUUCAUGAAAAAUUGAACACUGAGGAUAGUCUAUCUGCUGUGUGUGAGAAGCUGCUCGACCGGUGCUUGGCACCUGAAUCUGGCGGGGAAGGAUGUGACAACAUGACGGUCAUCUUGGUUCAGCUCAACAAGCCUAGGAAGUCAGCUGCUACUUCUAGCGCCGACCAAUCUGCGGCCACCACUGAAGAGAUACGGCCCAAAAUCUGAGCCCCCUCUCCCAUUUAUGAACAGUGAGCCUGAUGACCCCAAGAGUCCAUCGCAGUAGUGCACCGCCGCAGGGCAGCCGAGCCAUGGUCAGAAAGUUCUGGCCGCUGAUAGAAAAUUGGGUAGUAAAGUGGUGUAUAUAACAGAGGGAUUAUAUUCGACAAUCUCUAUAGGGUUUGUUCUUCUAGCCUUCUCGCGUUGCAGCCUGCAAUGCAUAGCAUCUUUGUCCGUGGAUAUGGGUUGUGUGGAGUGCAUGAAUUUUCCGGUGCUCGUUUUGUUUUCUGACAUUUCGUGUCAUUUUCCCUCCGGUUUGGAUCAUAUUGCUGAAUAGUGAAUAGUGUAGCAGACUA